GUUUUCCCAAGAUGUGGUGGCAAUUGAUUAUUUAAAUUUCUGCUGGGCGAAUGACUGUAUUUGUGUGUGCGUACACACUCCUCGAUUGGAAUUCUGAGCUGACUUCGCUGCAGAUUUCGUUCCUAAAUUUGGUUUUACAAAUUUCUAGCGUCGCGGCGGUGCUGUGCGAGUCGAGUGCGAAAGUUUACUGCAAAGAAAUCAGAUAAAUGCAAUUGCGAUAAGACAAAUCUCGCGUAGAUUUCCCAGUGAAGUUUUGAUACGUUGGAGUCGCGGUCGUUGCGUACGGCGAUUGGACGUCGUUCGCCUCGCGAAUUGUGUGUCGGGCGUAGCUUCCAUAUUUGUUUUUCGCGUGUGUACGACGGGGCCUGGUUCUAGCCUGCGAGCGGGGUGCGCGUCGGGGCAUAGGUGCAGCAGCCGUUCUAGUGCAAAUGGCGAGAACACCGUGACGAUUUGUCUCGUUUCGUGAUUUCUGCCGUGGCGAGCAGUGGCGAUGUGAGGUUAGGUUGCGGAGUGCCCUGUUCGGUUGUGCGAUAAAAUUUGCCGUGGCUGCGGCGAGUGGAGCUGCUCGAGCGCUAUCGAUUGAUACUUUUGCAGUGAGGCAGUGAGGCUUGCGUUCGUUGGAGUGUUUUGUCGGGCUGGAAGCGAGAGUGCGGACCGUGAAAAUGUCGCUGCAAACAAAACGACAGCACUGCUAUCUGUGCGACCUGCCCCGAAUGCCGUGGGCGAUGAUAAACGACUUUUCAGAGGCUGUGUGCCGCGGGUGUGUGAACUACGAAGGCGCCGACCGAAUCGAACUUGUGUUGGAUGCUGCACGUCAGAUGAAGCGCCUCCACCAGGCGGCGAAAAGAGGUCACGAAAACGGCGAAAUACAGCAGCAGAGCGGUCAUAGGGCGGGUGUUGCGGGCGGGGUGGCAGGGGCAGGAGGCCCGUCGUCGCACCAUCACAGCUACCCUGCGCAGAGGAUAGCCCCGACAUUGAUCGACUUUUCAGGUAAAAUGGAGCCGCACGAGUCCAGUGGGCGGCCAGUGCGAAUCACCCACAUGCCGCCACACCACAUGUCCCUGUCGAACAGAGCAGUGGUGGCGGCUGCUGCAGGCGGGCCGCAGAACAUGCCAACGCUGUCAGUGAAUCUGAAGCGUCCACCGCCGGAAGAGGACGAGCACAGCGACGUCCCGAAUGUGGCAAUCAAACGUCCAGCAGAGGAGGCCUCCUCAGGCAGACCGCCACUCACUCGCGGGGAGUCUUUGCCCUCGGCACCGUUCGUUCCUGACAGGCAACAGAGCUUCAAAGACAAACAUCCAGUUCGGGCGCCAUCCUUCGACACGGCCACAUUUAAGGCCGGCACCGGAGUAUAUCCUACAAUGGCGCAUACCCCCGUAACUAUGGGCGAUUCUACACCUCCUGCACCACCUGUCUCACUACAAAGUCCUAUGACGAAUUUGAUAAACAUUACAGACACUUUACCGCCCGGUAGCCCCCGAAAUGGACCAAGUCCUCCUGGACCACCGCCACCUCGAACUGCAUCUCGUGGUAGUCAGCAUUCUCCAAAUAGUUCAGGAUCAUCAAGUGGUCGACGAUCAUCCGGUUCCAGACACGUUUCAAGUACAACAGUUACAAGUACCGAAGCACAAUCUAAUCAACCACCUGGAGUAGGUGCAAAUAAUGCCACAACUACACCACAAAGUUCUGAAGGAACAGUUCCGACAUCAGCAGCAUCAGUGCCAACAGUACAAACGGCAACAUUAAAGUGCACACUGUGCCAGGAACGAUUGGAAGAUACACAUUUUGUACAAUGUCCUUCUGUUAAUCAUCACAAAUUUUGUUUCCCUUGUAGUCGAGAGAGCAUCAAACGGCAAAACGGUGCUGGAAACGAAGUAUAUUGUCCGAGUGGCGAACGUUGCCCGCUCGCUAAUUCGACCAUACCGUGGGCAUUUAUGCAAGGUGAAAUUGCAACUAUUCUAGGCGAGGAAGUCAAAGUCAAAAAGGAGCGGGAUUCUUAAUAAUUUGACGGCGCCGGUACUUUUGGAUAAUUUUUUUAAUGCUUUAACAAUGAGAAAUUUGGAAGGGGAGGAAGAAUGAUGCUAGCUGUUUGACGCUAGCGCGACAUUGCACCUCCUUUUGUAUUUUUGUGUUUGAAGGAUAUUCUCGAAAUAUCUCUUUCUAAGAAGCAAAGUUGAUAAAAGUAUAAAGUUGUAUCAAUAAACUUAAAAUGUGAUAUUGCUGAAAUUGAAUAUGUAGUAAAUUAUAGCAAUAAAAUUUUAAAUAAACAGAUCAAGACUAGAGGAUACAUGUUUGUUUUAAGGCACUUAGCUAUAUAAAGUAAAGAGUAACAAUAGCGUAAUUGAUUCUCCUAAAAUGGCCCGUUUUUAUUAAUUUAAUUGUAAAAGUGAGAGUGCUAUUGUACAAUGGAGAUGAACUCGUAAGCAGUUGCUUUCAACUUUUGGAAUGUAUCCACAGAAUAAAUGUAAACGUUUCCGUCAAGUAAGUUGUUCUUUUUUAGUUGUAACGAAAUACUAGCGUAAGGAUGAAGAAACUUGUACGUCGUCUUAUUGUAUUAAAAGAAAAGAAUAACAUAAUUGUCAUUACUAUUAGAAUUUAUCCUUAAGACCCACUUAAAUCAAGCAUAAUAUUAUGUAAUUGCAUAGAAAACAUAUUUAAUACGUGCUUUCGAUUAGGGCCGUUUCCAUUUUUUGGAGUCUGUUUUGUAUAUAUAUCUAUAAAUAUCGCCUUCAUCGUAAACAUUAAAAAAACUAAUAAAAUUAUAAAAUUUAAUAGUCGUGCACUUACUACUGCAAACAUAAAUAUAUGAUAUAGGAGUUUAUCUGAUUUUGAAUUUCUCUUCAAUUUGGACGCUACAGUCACGUCUUUCAGGACCGAAAAUGCACAAAAUAUUUACGGGUGUAGUUCGCGUAACAUUUAGAAUGCGAAGGUCGGGAUAACACCAAAUUUUAUAGCAGCGUAGCAGUGAAAUUGAAGAAAUAUUGUCUGAAACAGAAUUGGGGUGAAUUAGGUAAACAAAAAUGGUGUCUUCUGUCGACUAUAACUAAGAAGCGUAAAAUUGUGGAAAAUGUGCAAUGUUCGAUAAUUUAACGAUUCUAGUUUCGAUUCCUAUUUCAGCUUCAAGUUGGAUUAUUCUCAAAUGUAAUCGAUUUUAAAGAUCCUCGCAACAACUUUUGUAGACAAGAUACACAAAAUAAUGAAUUUUAUCCGAAAGGUAUCUGUUCUUGAAGCUUUCGAAGUAACAGUUGCAUAUGCCGAGAGAAAAUGAAACCGAUGGCUACUGUGAUAAGACAGUGUCUAUUGAGUUCACCUUGUUGCUGGACCAAGUCCCCCUAAAAAGUUGUGAUGAACAUUGCACACCAAAUAAAGCAAAGAUAGAAGAAAUAUUUAGUUUAAAUGCCAGUGCAAUGGCUGAAGUAGCUUUUGUGCUUUGGUAACCAUUUCGGGUUGUAUUGUUGGGAAAUUUAGAUGAAAUUUAAAGGCAAUUCAUACUAAAGAGAUAACUCUCGAAAUAAGAGAAAAUCUCCUAGCCGAUGACCAUAUACAGUUUCAGAGUUGAAUCAAUUUCCACAUAUUAUGCGCGAAUAAAAUUCAUAACACAAUUGAACAAAAGUAAAAACCUUUCGAUAUCGUAUUUUGUAGUAGACAUUUGUAACUAAUACCGUUAAUUCCUAUUGGCUGCGUGCUACUACAAUUACUACCGACAAAUGUAAAACGUAUUUGCUAUAUAAACGUUAACCUUUAAAGAAAUUAGCUUCACUUCCUCCUAAGUUGUGCUUCUUUCAUGUUAAAUCUAACUUCAAAACAACCAUUUGCCAUCUUGCAAAACUAUAAACAGUUUCAUGCAAUAGAUAAACAAAUGCCUUUCUAACAAGUAUCGGCAUUACACUCUUCUCAUGUGUGAAGUGAAAUUUAAUGUUCACAAGCACAAAAAUCUUAGUCUCUGAGACGAAACUUUUCAUCCAUUAAAUAUAUCAUUCUUGUUUGACCAAUUUAGGAGCAUAUUAGACAAGAUAAAUAACGAUCACGGUGUACAUAAGCAAUUUUGAAAAUCAAUUCUGGCGGUAUUACUUGAUAUGGAGUCGUUUAAGGCUGGUCGGCGUAAUUUUUCAUGAGAAGCUUUACCCUUUGCCACUUAUCUCCUUCUCUGCCUGAUUAAAUCGAACAUUUUUUAAUGUUGUUGAUUUACAGCAAAAAAAGUGUUCAUUGUGAACUUGUAUGAGAGGAAAUUAACGAUAAAAGCCUUCGUACCUGAUCAUAUGUUUCUCUAUAAAAGAAACUACAUGUUCUUGUCUGGAGGAGCUUACCACCAUCAUACCGAGCAGGUCUCUCAAGUGGUGACCUGAGGAGGCGAAAGGCCAACCAGUUAAUGGUUAGUAAACAUAUCUUUACUGAUCACUUCGAACUGGAUAUUUGUCAAAUUGUUAACUCAAUGAUGAAAUCAUUGUUAACUACUCCUUAUUGAUUAUAUAAUUGCAUUACAUUUUUAAAGAUGGAAACUGGAAAAUACAAUCAGAAAUAU